AUGCGGCUGUAUCUACUCCCCGUAUCGACUCGAAGAACGCUGUUAUACUGCCACCGCACCAAUGUGUCGGCGACGGAUAAGCAGACGCUGAUGGACAAGGUCCAGGCGAGGGCAGCCAAGCUAUGGUCAAACUGGGAGGAGAAGGACAAGGGCUGGCAAAAGACCAUCGUCAACUAUGGCAACUCUGCGCUCAAGCGCAUUCCAUACGAGGAGUGGGGGCUCAAGUCGGUGCCGCCAUUGUCGUCUCGCAGACAAACAGAGGAGAUGGAGGGCAUCAACAAGGUGGAGGUGGUCUAUCCCAGGAACCUGAUCCCAACAGACAAGGUUUCUGGCGUGUUGCAAAAAUUGGGCACGGAACGAGAGGCACUGCAUCGACAAAGGCUUAUAUGGUGUUGCAUUGGCAUGCCUAUCACUGCGCCGUUCGCGCUCGUACCUGUGAUCCCCAACAUCCCUUUCUUCUAUUUAGUGUACCGGGCUUGGUCUCAUUGGAGGGCCUUGAAGGGCGGCAAGCAUAUUCAGUUCCUGUUGGAAAAGAAGCUUCUGUCCCUGACGCCAUCACCAAUCCUCGAUGAGGUAUAUGCCAAGCAACCUUUACCACUUCCAUCGUCAGCCGAGCCAACGGUGGAAGGGGAGGCUGAGCAGCACGAAAACAUCCACCCCCAUGGCAAGGCGGAUCCGAACCCAGAAGGCGAGACCAUGCUGCUGUGCCAAGCCAAUGGCAAGAAGAUGACACAGGCCCUUGACCUGCCACAGCUGGAAGUCGAGCUCGAGCGUGCCAUCUGGCAGGUGGAAGAGGCGAUCAAGAAGCAGAGUGCCGAAGAGGCGCAGAAGCUCGAGGCCGCUGCGACAGCCGAGAAGGGCGCCAAGGAAGAGAAACGGCCGGAUGAGAAGCCCCCUCGGUAA